AUGGCCGCUCUGGACAUACUAGCUAGUACUCCACAAGUAGCAGCAGCAGAGGAAACUCUAAUUUCAACUGAAGAAGAUGACAGACCCCUCCAUGUUAAAGUCCUCAGAGUGAUCAAUGUUCACGAUAAAGUACCAAAAAUUCCUGGGAUGAUUGCGAAUGAGAAGUCACGAUUCCAGAAAUACAUGGAAAACAUGUCAUUUCCACGGAGUUAUGCACAUGCACCCAACACCUAUUUCAGAUCGGCCCAUAAUCUCGAAGCCCAUCUACACCUUGUCGAUGGUUACCACGGUAAAGGAGGGCGCUUCUGUUUGGUGAGUAAGAGGGACAUUGCACUCAUCAAUAAAAUUUGUGACUUCUUGAAGGAGGAUUAUGGUGUGCCGCCGUAUUGGCGGCAGGAGGCAAAUAAAGGAAUGGUUAAGAACGGUGGGUGUUGCUGGACCGGUCGAGGGCAGAGGCUCAUCCACCGGAUAUUGCCUACCACCUUGAACAAGUGUUCCACGAUACUGCUAAGUCAAGUUAAUCUUGAUAUAGGAGAUGAUUUUGAGUUGUUUUAA